ACUUCCCCGGUCCUGUGCUCCGGCUCACUCGUGCUGUCUCCUCGCUCUGGCCCGAAAACAUUAGGAUAUAUUGACACCGGAAAGCUGUGCACGCAGAGGCGUCUGUCGCGAUUUAUCGGGCUGUCUGUUUUCUGUGACUGGUUCCGUUCCCGGCGGUUUAUAAUAUGCAGGACCCAAACGCUGACACAGAGUGGAAUGAUAUUUUGCGUAAAAAGGGUAUUCUUCCCCCAAAAGAAGUCCCAAAAGAUGAAGAGGAGGAAGAAGCUGCAGUUUUACAGCACCAGUCAGUCGUUAAGACCUAUGAAGAUAUGACGCUGGAGGAGCUGGAAGAGAAUGAGGAUGAGCUAAGCGAGGAAGAUGAGAGAGCCGUCGAACUUUACAGGCAAAAACGGAUAGCGCAGUGGCAAGCAACCCAAUUAAAGAACAAAUUUGGGGAAGUAUUGGAAAUUUCAGGACAGGAUUAUGUCCAAGAAGUGACAAAUGCUGGCAAGGAUUUGUGGGUCAUUUUGCACCUAUAUAAACAAGGAAUUCCACUGUGCAGUUUAAUCAAUCAACACCUGGCGGGACUUGCAAGGAAGUUUAAAGAUGUCAAAUUUUUAAAAGCCAUUUCUACAACAUGCAUUCCCAACUACCCUGACAAAAACCUUCCAACCAUCUUUGUAUAUCUCGAGGGAAACAUCCGUGCCCAAUUCAUAGGACCUCUGGUGUUUGGUGGGAUGAAUUUAACGAGAGAAGAGUUGGAGUGGAAGCUUUCAGAGUCUGGUGCAAUCAAAACAGAUCUGGAGGAAAAUCCACAUCAGCAAAUCCAGGACCAGCUCAUGACAUCCAUCCGAGCCACCUCUAUCUCCACGAGAAAGGACAGUGAAUCAGAUGAUGAUUGAUGUGUGUGUUUUGUAUAGUGUUACUUGUAAUGUACCUGGGGCCUAAACAGCUACACAUGUUCAUGUUCAGAAACCACAUUUUAUUUUUUGUUUUAAUUAUUUGGAAUCCCAUUAUGCCUUGCAGCGAUUGCCAGCAAAGGUAUUAUACCUUACAAACAAUAAAACAAGCUGCAGUUCAACAUACAUUCUACAUUGCUAACAAUAUGUGUAUGUGAUCUUCAACACCAGGAACUCUGAAUUGUUUAGUUUUUUACUCUGUAUGAAAAUUAAUGGUAAUGUCUAAAAUUACUUAAACUUAUUUUAGAACAAUUUAUGGCCUGGAACUAAAAACUUUUUAUAAAGUGAUAUGGAUAUGGGUAAAUAAGUUAUACUGUAUGGCAAUUAACGUGUCCUUACUACGUGACUGAGUGUUGGUUUUGUUUGUUAAAUUCAUAUUUAUAUGUAUGUGACACAAAACUCCAUUUACAUGGUAAAAAUAAUUUUCCUCGUGAAAACCUACCAUGAUUUUGUAUUCUAUGUGCAUUACUUUGGACUGCUUCCUGCAACACAUUCUUAUUUUUUUGCCUUAUGGGUGAAUUUGAAAAAAAUUAUGCAAAAUCACUGAUGAACUCCUAUAACACAAUGCGGAUAUAAUAUAUAUGCUUACUUAAGCUUAAGAUAUGGUAGAAUUGCCAUGGUAACCAAUGAAACUGUCGAAUCAAACUUACAAUAGUUGCUAAGGUUUUUGUUUCUUUUCUUUACACACUAUCGGGGUAUUACUAAUUAGACCCUGGUUACUAACUGUUUGCACCAAUGGUAUUAGUAAAGAUUCAAAUGUCUUUUAUUAGCAGGAUGAAAA